AAUAAACUUGAUCAUCUUCUAAACAUUACUUAUCCAAAUUAUGCUCUGCUAAAUUAAAUAUAGAUAUUAAAGUCUAAUUAUUCAAAACCUUCACACUAAUUUCCAAAAUCUUUUUAUCUCAGGUCUGAAUGAGAUGAUAAAUAUGAAAGCUGGGAAGUUGUUACUGUUUCUUUUUUGUUUCAUUGUGAUCUGUAAUAUUGUGAAAUGUGAACCUCCACCUACUUGUCCUGCUGAUGAUCUUGGUAGUGAUUGUGGUUCGGAUUCCGGUGAAUGGGAAGGUGAAUUUUUCCCUGGUAUACCCAAAAUUAAAUAUGAGGGACCGACGAGCAAGAAUCAUCUUGCAUACAAAUGGUACAAUGCCAAUGAGGAGAUUCUCGGCAAGAGAAUGAAGGAUUGGAUGCGAUUUAGUGUUGCUUUUUGGCACACGUUCCGUGGUACAGGAGGUGACCCUUUUGGUGCGGCUACUAAAAUGUGGCCAUGGGAAGAUGGUACUAAUUCAUUAGCCAUGGCUAAACGAAGAAUGAGGGCGAAUUUUGAGUUCCUAGAAAAGCUUGGAGUUGAUAGGUGGUGUUUUCACGAUAGAGACAUCGCUCCGGAUGGUAAAACGUUGGAGGAAACUAAUGCAAAUCUUGAUGAAGUUGUAGCUCUUGCGAAAGAACUCCAGGGAACCAAAAUCCGCCCUUUAUGGGGUACGGCUCAGCUGUUCCUGCAUCCCCGCUAUAUGCACGGUGGUGCCACCAGCCCUGAAAUUGGAGUCUAUGCAUAUGCUGCGGCUCAGGUUAAGAAAGCAAUAGAGGUUACGCAUUAUCUCGGGGGUGAAAAUUAUGUCUUUUGGGGUGGUCGUGAGGGUUAUCAGACUCUUCUAAACACUGAUAUGGAGAGAGAACUUGAUCACAUGGCGCGGUUUUUUGAAGCUGCUGUAGCUUAUAAAAAGAAGAUUGGAUUCCCUGGAACACUUCUUAUCGAGCCUAAGCCUCAAGAACCCACAAAACAUCAGUAUGAUUGGGAUGCUGCCACAGCAGCCAAUUUCUUACGGAAGUAUGGACUUAUAGAUGAAUUCAAACUGAAUAUUGAAUGCAACCAUGCUACUCUAUCUGGUCACAGUUGUCACCAUGAGCUUGAAACUGCUAGAAUCAAUGGUUUACUGGGUAAUAUUGAUGCCAACACUGGUGACCCUCAAGUAGGUUGGGAUACAGAUCAGUUUUUGAUGGAUGUCAAUGAGGCUACAUUGGUUAUGCUCAGUGUCAUCAGAAAUGGUGGACUUUCACCUGGCGGGUUCAAUUUUGAUGCCAAAUUACGAAGGGAGAGUACUGAUGUUGAGGACUUGUUCAUCGCUCAUAUUGCUGGUAUGGAUACCCUAGCACGUGGUCUCCGUAAUGCUGCAAAGUUAAUUGAGGAUGGUUCUUUGGAUGAGCUUGUUCGCAAGAGAUAUCACAGCUUUGAUUCAGAACUCGGUGCCCAAAUCGAGGCUGGAAAGGCUGAUUUUGAGUUGCUAGAAAAGAAAGCUAUGGAAUGGGGAGAACCCCAUGUUCCGUCUGGCAAACAGGAACUUGCCGAAAUGAUUUUCCAAUCUGCAAUGUAAGUCGAGAGUUUUAAGGUAGAAAGACGUAGUUUUGGUUAGGUCAAGAUAUGAAGUAUUGAAAAUAAAGCAGCAGCAGCAUGAUCGGCUUUCUGUGCAAGAUGUCUGUAUCUAGUGUCUUUAAUGUUGCAAAAGACGUAUGCACUGAAGAUAGUAAUGGUUAAUUUGAGAUAUGUACGUUAGCCUUACGAGUUGUGCAAUUGGUAUUAAUCAACUGUCUAAGUUAUCUAAUAUGUUAAUAGACGAGCUGGAUUACCAGCCCGUGAGCGGUUGGUUUUUCCGGACUGUAUCCAAGAAUAAAAGAGCUAAUAUGGGCAUGGUAAUAGUUAAGUCACUCUUUUAUGGUAGUAACAAA